GCCUUGCCGCCGGGCCUGAGGGCCGCCGGGCCCCCGCCGCCGAGCUGCAGCUCGUGUUUCUGGUCCAAGUAGAAAAAUCCUGUGAGAAGCACUGGUGGUAGAAAGGCUGGAUGAUCCCCACCAUUUUAAGUCAUACAAGAAGAUGCUGCAGUGUUGAACGCAUUGAACAUGCUGGAACCAAGUCUGUACCAGAAGCAGCUUUUGAAGGACGCACGCAUACACUGAAAAAUUGACUGAAUGGAAGGUUAAGGUACCAAUGUUGUACUAGUCUUGUUCCUCUACUUCGAGUCAGUAUGUCGAAGAAGUCGGAGGCUCCGCUUUCCUUGUCUGACUGCCUCUGCCAAAUUUGCAUGGAGAUCUUCGUGGAGCCCGUGACGCUGCCGUGCAACCAUACCCUCUGUAAUUCUUGUUUCCAGCUGACAGUUGAAAAGGCCAGUCUUUGUUGCCCUUUUUGUCGGCGUCGAGUCUCUUCCUGGGCACGAUAUAAUGCCCGCAGAAAUACUCUUAUCAACUGGGAACUCUGGGAAAAGAUUCAGAAGAAGUACCCGAAGGAGUGUGAGCGUAGGAUUAACGGACAGGAUUUGGAAGAGGAAAUCUGUGUCCCCCAUCCGCAACACCAGCUGAGCAAGCCUGGGGAACUGAGGCAGGAAUAUGAAGCGGAGAUUAGCAAGGUGGAGGCAGAAAGGCGAGCGCAUGAACAGGAGGAGAACAAGGCAAGUGAGGAAUACAUUCAACGGCUUCUAGCAGAAGAGGAGGAGGAACACAGAUUGGCAGAGGAGAGACGGAGGGAGAUGGAGAAACAGCUGAAGCAGGAUGAAGAGUUGGCCUGGCAGCUGAGUAACAGUCUGAAUGACGGUGCCAAAGGACAUGUGCUCAGCAGUCCUUCACCAGCAGGCAGUCUCUCAACUGAAACAUCCCCAGCUAAUUUGUGCAAGAUGAAGAACAAACCAAGCAACUCUGGAGACAUUCAGAAGUACCUGUCUCCAAAGCUUCAUCAUACAUUGGGAUCAGCAUCAUUCUCUAGAACAACAGAAAGAUGCAGGAGUGACUCUGGCUCUGUGGAGACCAAUAGCAAUGAAGGCAGCAGUUCUGCGUGGCAAGACGAGCAAGAAGAAAUGCCAACGCUGUCUCCACAGCUGACCAGUGUGACUAAAGAUUCCAGUGCUAAGGAUUCGUUUUUGGAAUCAUGCAUGAACUAUUUCAGUGAGUCAGCUUCAGGGGAAACCGCUGCUGUAAAGCAGGAAAAAACACCAGGACCAAAUUGUCUAGGAGACGAAGUUCCGGAUGCACUUCAUGGAGUCGCAAAAGGGGAAGGGUCUAGAACAGUUCUUCAUAGAUCCAAAGGAGAAGAUGAUGGAAUUGAGUCAGACAGUGGCAGUUUAACACAUGUAGAAAGCAUAAACCUUGAAAAUUCUGCUGAAACUUGUAGCUGUAUUCAGUCAGCAACAAAUUCUGUGAUGUCUGACAGCAAAAGUGUAAUAUGUGAUCUCAUGAAGGUGGCUAGACACUCAGAUGAAGAGAAACCAGAGAGACUGCAGAACACUAAGGAGACUCCAAAAAGAAAGUCGCUGGAGCCACCAGCUGAAGCAGUGGUUGACUUGUGUGUGCUUGGUAAGAGGAGAAGAACUUUUCCGGAAAGUUUAGAGGAUCAAGGGGAGCAGAUAAAUGAUUUUAACUUGCAAAUGCAGAAAGCCUUUGAGCAGGAGUUCUAUGAAAGGCGUAUGCAAGAGGAGCAGGACAGGCUUCUGGCUCUGCAGCUUCAAAAACAGAUCAACAAGGAGGAAAGGACACUUAAUCGACAAAAGGGCUCUCCAGAUGAAUAUCUUCUUCGCACCAAAGCACCUCAGUCUGUGAAAGACUCUCCUGCUAGAAAGGGAAGUUCUAAGAUGGCAAAAGAGUCAAAGGUACCAAAAAAACAGGCUGAAACAAAUCACCGCAAGACUCGGAAAGGUUCUUGCAAUGAAAACUGGCAGUCCCCUACCAGAGUCCGAAUGAAAUCGCCCAGCAUCAAGGGAGGAAAAGUUUUGAAUUGUGUGGUUAAUACCAGUGAUGCAAACGAUAUUUGUUCACUACCUAAGAAUAAGCAAAAGACGAUCCUUCAGAUGUUUAAAAGCUCUGUGGCGGAGUAGAUCAACAGAACCACAGACACAUGGUGGAAUGAGAAUUAAAACCCUGGUAAUGCUUUCUCCUGUGUUAGGCAAAGCUUCCUGUAAACAGUUUUAAAGUUGGUUUUGAGGGGGAUCACUUUGGGCCACAAAGUGUUACGUAUUCUGAGAAGUUUUAAUAACGUACGCCCCCAGACUUUAAAAAAUUUUAAUUGGUCUUUUCUUGACUACAGCUUAUUUUCUAGCACUUGCAUUUACCUAAUUUUGAAUGUGGAUACUGUUAGUGUUUAAAAACAAAAGUAACUGAUGGUCUUAUCUUAAAAGGAGAAUUUGGAGCCUUUUACGGAAAGGGUGCACGUUCCACAGAGGAAACAAGUAAAAAAAUGAGUUUGUGUUUCCAGUUGUCUGCCAACUGCAAGGUUGAGGCUUCACUUGGCACAACCACUGUUCUGUUAAAUUGAAGCAUGUUACGGGAAUUUAGGCUAUUUGUUGAAUUGCAUUGUUCGCACGACAGUUAACGCGAGGAUAACUAGACAGCCAGUCUUGCAGACACAUGCUUUCCCUCUCAUAUACUAACCCCUUUCUUAGACAAAGAGGGGAAAAACAGGUCAUUCUCCCACUGCCAAAGCCAAGGAUCUUUCAUAGAUGCCAAUAGUGUAAGUGGUUGUGGGCUUGUAUUUACCUCUGUUCAUAGAGGUCACUUCUGCAUAUCUGACUCUCACUGUUGUUAGGAAAAAGAUACUUUUGUUUUCUCAUUGCUAGCAUUCUGCAACUUUAUUCUUGUACGAUAUUACCACCUAUAUUACUGCUAUUUAAUUUUCAUACUCAGACUGGUUUGAGUCUGAUUAAAAACACGUCAUAUUAAAAAAAAUAGUCCAGAGGACAGUUAUGAUGGAGAAAGUUAAACCAAAAGGGGGAAAAGCAACUGAAAACUGGAGUUGUCAGAAAUGACAUAACUGUAGUUAAAGAUUCACAUGCCUGGCUGUAACUGUUCCCCCCCCCCCCAUUUUUAGAGGGACUACCAAACACUGUCUUCCAGUUGGGUGUAAAACGAAUUUCAUUCAAAAGAAUUACAAUUUAGACAUGUGGGGAGGCUGAGGCCUGUAGGAAGUUGAGGCUGGUGAAGAGCUGACCGGCUGCUACGCAGCAGAGGAGGUAAUUCUUGCUAGAUUGUUUUAUCUGUUGCUAUUGUGAAACCAUCUUUUGGCCUUUCUUUGCUUGUAAUGAGAUACUUUUCCACUGUACACGUCUGAAAGAGAGCAGAGCACUGAUCUACGUUGCUGACGUGUGUGUGCUAAUCACCAAAGUUAGCAAAUGUUUUAAACGUGUACUUUUUGUGAACCUCAUUGAUGAUCUGUAGACUUUAACUCGGUUCCGGGAAAUUUGUAACAAAAUACUUCAAAGCAAUAUCUUCUGAUGUUUUAAGUUUUAAAAAACAAAACCUGACAUUUUACUGAAUGCGAAUGUUUGUUUUUUGGGUUUUUUUCUUUGCCUGCAUGUCUCUAGUAAUGGUGGGUUUCUCAUAAAUAAAUGAUCUAUUCUAAGAUGCUUUUUGAGAAAGUUACAACAGGUGACCAGUUGCAAAUCAUUCACUUUUCCUCUUGCUGCCUCGACCAUUGUGCUGGAAGCCUUCCUUCAAUAUAGAUCUGUUUCCGUUUAAUCCUUACCUUUGUUCGGGUUGUUUUCUGUCUUACCUAUGCAGUCAAAUAGAAUCCUUCAUUAAUUAAAGUGUUCUUUAAGGCA